AGUGUGCUUUAUUCCAGUUAACACUGACUGACCGAUCAUUAAUGCCUGGGGACGUCAUCAGAAGAUUUGAGGAGGGUGCCAAUAGUCAGAGAGGCUUUGUCCAGGACCUGAUGGGAAAGUGUCACAUCCAUAUAAGGGGCACCAACAAAUUCCUGUACAAUGUCAACAGCAAAGAUUUAUGCAGCAUGAGAGUUGAAGAAAUAGCAAAAAGGCCCCUGAGUAACUCUUUCUGUGAUGUAGUGAUGGAUUCCUGGGUUGGUAAAGUAGAGCGAGUUAACGAGGAGCUGAUUCUCAAGUUCCCAGAUGGAGCUCUGUGUAAAGUACAAGACACAGAUCAGCUGGAUGAUUUUGAACCAGUCAAAGACCAUUACAAGUCCCUAUGUAGCAGUGAUACAUUCCUUUACAAAGGGUUGGUAAUGAAGGGGACUAUAGGAGAUCUGAGUGAUGCUGUCUGGUUAUCUACCACUCAUAAACAUGGACCAAAGGCUAUCAAAAAAUCACCAAAUCAUACCGUCACUGUACGCAUUGAAGAGGCAAGACUUAAGUCAGUGGAGGUGUACUGGAUGUGUAGAGGAUUUACCAAGUCAGAUAACCCCCUCCUUAGAAUGACGCCUCCCCCCUCCCUAGUACAGGAGCCAGACCUCCAAAGAUUACGGAUUUUAGAUUGGUUUUCACACUGCAGUCUGCAGAUUGGUGAUUUUGCCCAGUAUGUCAUUAAACCUAGUGAUGAUCUCACAGACAUUCCACCCAAACAAAGCUUUAUACCAGAUAUUCUACUAAGCAAUCCAGCAGCUCAAAAUGAAUUGACAGGAAGUCAGUUACAUGACACUAAAGAUGACGCUCCUGAUGUAAAGACAGAGGCCGAGGCUCUGGUCAAUGGAGAGGUUCCUAAUGAAGCAGGAGGAGCGGAGGAUGAUGAAUACGAAGAUGUUGAAACGACAGAGUCGGAAACCGAGGAAGAACAAGUUCAGAAAAAACACUCGUCCGCCCGCAACAGGCAUAAAGGAAGAAAGGGGCGCAAAUCUGGAGGAAAGAAAGGAGCCAAAAGGGCGAAGCAGACUGUGAAGUUUGAACCAGAAAUCCCCAAGUGUUUACCUGGGGAGAAGGUGGCUGUAGGUGUUUGUUAUACCUUCUCCACGGCAACCGUCAUGUGGCAGGACGGCACUGUUGAAUCAGACAUUCCCUCCCCUGUUCUCUUCCCCAUACACUACCUGGACGAGCUGGAAUUCUUCCCUGGAGAUUAUGUUGUGGAUGCCAAAGAAGUGGCCUUGAAGAACUGUGACUAUGGUGUAGUUGUGAGCUGUAAUCACAAAGAAAGGACAUGUUUUGUCAAAUGGAUAAAGACAGUGGAUAUAUACAAAGGAGAAAG